AGGAAUCGGGAAGCAUGUUCCGAGUUUCUUCGCUCGCGCUUUCCCUUGCGCUGUUUGCCGCUUCCUCGCAAACAUCCUUCGCGUUCCUCGGGGCCCCAAAGUUGAGUGCCAUGAAAUCAAGACCUGUGCUCCGCAACAACGCCUGCUCCACAAAGAUGGUGUUCUGGUCCAGCAAGUCAAAGUAUGCUGAGGAGAACGAGAAGAUCGUGAAGCCACUAAUGAAAGCCAACAAGAAAUGGAUCAAGGAGAAGAAGAGCCAGGACCCUGAGUUCUUCACCAAGCUCGGACAGACGCACAAGCCCGAGGUCUACUGGAUUGGAUCCUCGGAUUCUCGUCUUGCAGCCAACGAGAUCAUCGGAGCUGAACCUGGCGAAGUGUUCGUCUCUCGUAACAUGGCCAACAUUGUGAGCAAGCACGACAUCAACCUCAUGAGCGCCCUGCAGUAUGCCGUCGACUACCUCGAGGUACCUCACAUCAUCGUCUGCGGCCACUACAGCUGCAGCGGAGUUAGGGCAGCCCUGAACAACGAGAACUUCGCGAGCCCGUUGGAGAACUGGGUGGCACAGAUCAGGGAGGUUUACCGCAUCCACGCUGAGGAGCUGGAAGCUAUUGAGGACAAGGAGGAGCGUCUGAGAAGGCUGGUGGAAUGCAAUGUGAUCGAGUCAUGCAGGUCGGUCUAUGACCUGACCAUCGUACAGAACCGGUUGAAGGCUACUUCCCAGAGUCAGUUGUAUGCCACUCCCAGGAUCCACGCUCUCGUCUACGAUGUUUCUUCUGGAGAGCUCAAGAGAUUGAACUGGGUGGAUCCGGAUAUGGAGGACCCCUACGAAAUGAAGUACGAUCUCGAGCAGAUCCGAACCAAGCCCCUUGAGUUCGCAACAUUGUAAGGAAUGAGUGCAUGCUUCUCUUUUUCAUGUCCUUCACUGUUUUUCCCCCCUUGCUAGAUUACAGAUGGUGCGUUAUAUAAAGUUAAAUUCUAGAAUG